CCAUUUCCUUUUUGACCGUCUCGUAUCUCAGCAGGGGGUAGCCCAGCUCUUGGCCCUUGCCUAGAACAAGAGCCUUUCAUGGUCCCCCCUCCACCUCUCCACCUUGCUGGCAGGAGGCGGCCCGGGGUUGGGGAAGGGUUUCAGCUGGGAGGCUGAGUCCCGUCUCCUGCCCUUCUUUUCGCAAUCCUAAGGACCGGGGAAGGGGCAGCUGGCCCGGGUAAGCGUCAGGGCAGCCGCGCCCUUGGCUGGGGUCACAUCCACCUUCCAGGGAAGGGCAUACUCUCCCCGUGCCAGGUGCUUCCGGAGCGGCGUCCCAGCCCUCGUCCCUGCGGGCACUUCGUCCAGAGAGGGAGUCCUUGUUCCCGCAGGGAAGCUGGGGGCGGAUCCAGUGGUCACACCCUUUCCAGAAAGUCUUGGCUGGUAACCGCGAAGCUGGGGGAGAGCAAGAGCUGGGAGAACUGGAGAAAACCGCUCUAAUCUGACUUGACUUUGGCUGGGAACGGACGCUGCAUCAUAAUAACCAACAUUUGCAAGGCGUUCUCUGAGGAGGAGCUGGAGUGAGUCACCCUGAAGAAGCCCUCACCUGUGUUUGGCCCUUGUCUUCUCUGUCAUGUCGUAGGCUCUGAGGUGAUUCAUCUCAGAUUCCUCCAGAACUGAGCCUUUUACUGGACCUAUGUUCCCACUUGUGUCCCCAUGACCAGGUGGAUAGCACUCUUUGUGCCUGUGACCCAGAACCCUGGCUGACACACUGAAGCAAGAUGCUCCAUCAGGCCCCCACCCCUACCUUGCUGCCAGCUGGCCUCAGUCCCAGCUUUCAUGGCCGUCUUCUCGUGGCCUCUCAGGUUCAUGGCCACAGUUCAGGCUCUGGUGCCCAAGGAGGGGAAUCCCUCAGAGAAGACCUGCGGGAGUUCCUGAGCGGGGAAGCCCCGCUGCACCAGCUGGAUGACCUCACCAAGGUGAAUCCCGUGACACCGGAGACAGUCCUGAGGUGUUUGCAGGCUCGGUACGCAGCAGACACGUUCUACACCAAUGCUGGCUGCACCCUGGUCGCUCUGAACCCCUUCAAGGCCGUCCCUCAGCUCUACUCACCAGCACUGAUGAGAGAAUACCACGCUGCGCCUCAGCCCCGGAAACUGAAGCCCCACAUCUUCACUGUGGGUGAACAGACCUACAGGAAUGUCAAGAGCCUGAUUGAGCCCGUCAACCAGUCUAUUAUUGUCAGCGGAGAGAGUGGUGCUGGAAAGACUUGGACGUCCCGCUGCCUGAUGAAGUUCUAUGCUGUGGUGGCCGCCUCACCCACAUCCUGGGAGAGCCACAGGAUUGCAGAGAGGAUUGAGCAGCGAAUCUUGAACUCCAACCCUGUCAUGGAAGCUUUUGGGAAUGCGUGCACCCUGAGGAAUAACAACAGCAGUCGCUUUGGGAAGUUCAUCCAGCUCCAGCUGAACAGGGCCCAGCAGAUGACCGGAGCUGCAGUCCAGACGUACCUCCUGGAGAAAACUCGAGUGGCCUAUCAGGCAUCCAGUGAGAGGAACUUCCACAUCUUCUACCAGAUCUGUAAAGGAGCCGGCACGGACGAGAGGCUUCAGUGGCACCUCCCUGAGGGAGCAGCCUUCUCUUGGCUGCCCAACCCGGACAGGACCUUGGAAGAGGAUUGUUUCGAGGUGACCAGAGAGGCCAUGCUUCAUUUGGGUAUCGACACCCCCACUCAGAACAACAUCUUUCAGGUCCUGGCCGGACUGCUGCACCUCGGCAACAUCCGCUUUGCCGACUCUGAGGACGAAGCUCAGCCCUGCCAGCUGAUGGGCGAUGCCAAGUGCUCUAUCAGGACGUCAGCCUCGCUGCUACAGCUUCCAGAAGACCCACUGCUGGAGACACUGCGGAUCAGAACCAUCAGGGCAGGCAGGCAGCAGGUGUUCCGGAAGCCCUGUUCCCGAGCCGAGUGCGACAUCCGCAGAGACUGUGUGGCCAAACUAGUCUACGCACGGCUGUUUGACUGGCUGGUAUCCGUGAUCAAUAGCAGCAUCUGUGCAGACCCUGACUCCUGGACCACUUUCAUAGGCCUGCUGGAUGUGUACGGAUUUGAGUCCUUUCCCAACAACAGCCUGGAACAGUUGUGCAUCAACUACGCCAAUGAGAAGCUGCAACAGCACUUUGUGGCUCACUACCUAAGGGCUCAACAGGAGGAAUAUGCAGUCGAGGGUCUGGAGUGGUCAUUUGUCAACUACCAGGACAACCAGCCCUGCUUGGAUCUCCUCGAGGGGAGCCCCAUCAGCAUCUGCUCCCUCAUAAAUGAGGAAUGCCGCCUUAAUCGGCCAAGCAGUGCAGCCCAGCUCCAGACACGCAUCGAGAGUGCGCUGGCCGGCAGCCCCUGCCUGGGCCACAACAAACUCAGCCGGGAGCCCAGCUUCAUCGUGGUCCAUUACGCGGGCCCUGUGCAGUACCACACUGCAGGUCUGGUGGAGAAGAACAAGGACCCUGUCCCACCUGAGCUGACCAGGCUCCUACAGCAAUCCCAGGACCCCCUACUCAAGGUGCUGUUUCCUGCUGACCCUGAAGAGAAGGCCCAGGAGGAGCCCUCUGGCCAGAGCAGAGCCCCUGUGUUGACUGUGGUGUCCAAGUUCAAGGCCUCCCUGGAGCAGCUUCUGCAGGUUCUGGAUAGCACUACGCCCCACUACAUUCGCUGCAUCAAGCCCAACAGCCAGGGCCAGGCGCACACCUUUCUCCAGGAGGAGGUCCUGAGUCAGCUGGAGGCCUGUGGCCUCGUGGAGACCAUCCACAUCAGUGCUGCUGGCUUCCCUGUCCGGAUCCCUCACUGGAACUUCGUGGAACGAUAUGAAUUGCUGAGAAGGCUCCGUGCUCACACAUCCCCUGGCCCCCACAGCCCACUUCCUGCUGAAGGGCGCUCAGAAUGGUCUCCAUGCACCGAGGCGGCCACAUUGCAACCUCUCCUCCAGGACAUCCUCCACACUCUUCCAGCUCUGACUCAGGCAGCCACCGCACCUGGUGACCCAGCUGAGGCCUCAGCAGCCCCAGUUCACUGUGGCAGGACCAAGGUGUUCAUGACAGACUCUACGUUGGAGCUUCUGGAACAUGGACGUGCCCAGGUGCUGGAGCAGUGUGCCCGCCGCAUCCAGGGCAGCUGGAGGCGACACUGGUACCGCAAGCAGGGGAGGCGGAGGCGGGCAGCCGUGCUCAUCCAGGCAGCCAUCCGGUCCUGGCUAGCUCGGAAACACGUGCGGAGGCUGCAUGCAGCUGCCACGGUCAUCGGGCGUGCGUGGCGGAGGUGGCGAAUUGGAAUGGCCUUCCUUGCUUCGAAAGAACUGGAUGGUGUGGAAGAAAACCUCUUGUCUCAAGUUCCCCUUCCCACAGGCUCCCUCCUGCUGCCACAGACACAGACCAGCCUCCUGGCGGCAGUAAUCCGCCUGUGGCCCCUGGGACUGGUCCUGGCCAACGCAGCUGUGGGUGUCCGCGGCUUUCAGAGGAAGCUGGUGGUCUGGGCCUGCCUCCAGCUCCCCACGGGGAGCCCCAGUAGCUACACAGUCCAGACGGCCCAAGGACAAGCUGGUGUCACAUCCAUCCGAGCGCUGCCUCAGGGCUCGAUCAAGUUCCACUGCAGAAAGUCUCCCCUGCCAUAUGCAGACAUCUGCCCUGAACCCUUACCCUACAGUGUUACUGGCUUUAAUCAGAUUCUGCUGGAGAGAGACAGCCUGGGCCACAGGUGAGGUCUUCUCACCUUCUAGCUUCACCUGGCUGGGCAACCCCUUGGUGCCUUUGUGUCUACAAGGCCUUUUCCUGCCAGCUGCUUUGCCAAAGACAUUUAAUCCACACGCCACUGCACUACUUCCACGACGACUCCAAGCUCCUGUGAGCGAGCGACAGCUGCUGCAGCCCCUGCACUCACCUGGGGCUUCUGUGGACAUCUCAGGCCCUGACAGACGUCAGGGGUUGGUUAGCAAACCAGGGCUAAGAAACCUCAGGGUCACAAAGGAUUUCCCCCAUUUUACUACCUUCAGAGAUCCGACUCAGCUGUGUAGUCCAUCACUACAGUGGGGCACCCCCGAUUCCCUGCAAACAGAACAGGCCGAGUUAGCUUGAAAGUAGCCCCCAAAUUUCGACUGGGAUAUUUGCAUUUAGUUCCUUUGAAAGGAACAAAACCUAUUUAAUGUGUUGAUUUAUUUAAUGCAAUUUCAAGCAAUUAUGAACUAAGGAUGAACAAUGCCAUUUACCAUAGAAUCACCAUAUCCUGAUUUUAUUUAGCAGCAGUGAGCAAGUUUUAACUCAAAUGGGUAUGAAACUUGACAAAUCAUGUGUGAUGUCUAAACGCUACCAAAAUUAAAACAUUUAAACACCACCAUUGGAAUGUCAAAUUCUCCCUCCAUAAAGGGUUUGUCACCUCGAGUAUCCUCCUCUUGCCUGAAACCCACGCCUACAGUGCUGGAGAUAAAGCCUUUGUAGGGCCCACCCUACGCCAGCCAGCCUGGAAGUCAGCAUCCUUGCUGAGGGCCCCACGCUAGCUCUUCCCUGGCGGGCGCGGGCAGGCUCUAAGAGUCAUGCACAUGUUCCAGGGAGCAGCACAAUGAUCCAUCUUAGGAAUCCUCAUCCUGGGAUGGCUCCACAAUCCUUAAACAGCAGUCUGCAAACUCCACAAACAAGGGCUCCUGCAUGCAGGCUCUCAUGAGCUUCGCCUUGUUGUCGCCCUGAUCGAGGCUGACCAUCAGCUGUCGAAGGUGAGGGUUGAGCAGCAGGCUUCUUAAUGCUGCAGAUUCUCCUUAAAAAUGAACAAGAAAGCCAGUGUGAGUUCAAGUGGGAAGAGAUGCAGACAGCUAAAAGCUAAAUGCGUCCGAUGUAGUACAGAUCAAGGGUGCCGCAUCCCCUCCACCUUUAAACCCAAGAAUGGAACCAGUGCUCCACAUAAACAAGAGGAGGUCAGCACGGCAUAUGAUUUCCAGUUAAAUGCCAUCACACAUUCUUGUUCUUGGCAUCUCUAUAAAUUUACGCCAUUUCAAGUUAAGAAAAAUACCAGCACAAAUACAACGAACAACAUGAAGUUGUUGGCACGUUAUUCUUCACAGGCCUAAAGGUUCUCCCUGAUGAGAAGAAUUACGCCAAAGACUCUGAACGCUGCAGAAACCAGCACAUGACCCUCACUGCAGGCUCAGUAGCAAUGAACAGACGCCAACAUCUGCAUGGUGCCUUAGUUUACAAAACUGUUCACACCUGCCCUCAGUCUCCUCCCUGCUGUGGGACUGGGUGCGCAGCAGGGUAGGCCUGACGGUGAGACGGAAGUGAAACCUCCCACGUGUAGGAACUACCCUGGCCCGUUCAUCACUUGGGCCACAGAAUGGCCCCAAGGCCAGACCACACGGGCCUACAGAAACACCGGGUGUUACGAACCUCCUCAUCCCUCUAAAACUCCCAACUCCUGGGGUUACCGUCUGCUUGAAUGGCUAGACCACGUACAGAGCACUGGGGAGGUGGGGUAAAUGCAGGCCCCUGCCAUACAGACCGGUGUGGGGGAGAGAAGGUACCAUAAAAUACGAGUGGUAUAUUGCAAGGCGCCAUGGGAAGGUGAAAAGUGCUUGCUUCUGAGAAAGACAAAAGAUCAAGAAAAACUGAGCUGAGGAAGGGUAACCUGAACCAAGCUUGAGGGAGGAGAAUUUUGCCAACUCACAGAACCAGUAGGAUUCCAGGCCUAGGGAGUUGUAAGAAGGCAGGGAAGUGUGGAAGCCCUGAGUGUUUACAGGGUCAUGUGGCUGAAGGGCUCUGCGUGCCACACUCAAGUACAGGGACCCUUGAACAACGCAGGUUUGAACUGCACAGGUCUGCUUAUACAUGGAGUUUUCCCCAUAAAUACAGUGAUGUAAAUGUA